AUGCGCUAUUUCUCCACCCGCGGCAACGACCAGCUGCUCUCGUUCGAGGAGACCGUCCUCACCGGCCUCGCCCCCGACGGCGGCCUCUACAUCCCCGAGCACAUCCCCGCCCUCCCCUCUGACUGGGAGACCACUUGGAAGGACCUUUCGUUUGCUGAUCUCGCCGUCGACAUCCUCUCCCUCUACAUCUCUCCUCUUGAAAUCUCCCGCGCGGAACUAGCCGCUCUCGUAGACCGCUCCUACCGCUCCUUCCGCCACCCCGAGGUCACCCCGCUCGCAAAGCUCGACGACAAGACGUACAUCCUCGAGCUCUGGCAUGGCCCUACAUUUGCUUUCAAGGAUGUCGCGCUCCAGCUGCUCGGGAACCUCUUUGAAUUCUUCCUCGCACGCCGCAAUGCGCGCAAGACGUCCGGCGAGCAGCCCGAAACGCUUACUGUGGUUGGCGCGACGAGCGGGGACACAGGAAGUGCAGCCAUCUACGGUUUGCGGGGCAAGGAGAACGUCUCCAUCUUCAUCCUUCACCCCAAGGGCCGCGUCUCGCCCAUUCAAGAGGCCCAGAUGACUACUGUCCCCGACGCAAACGUGCACAAUCUCGCCGUGCACGGCACCUUCGACGACUGCCAGGACAUUGUCAAGGCACUCUUCGCCGACCGGACCUUCAAUGCCACCCACCGCCUCGCCGCGAUCAACUCCAUCAACUGGGCGCGCAUCCUCGCACAGACCGUUUAUUACUUCUACGCCUACUUCCGCCUCCGCCCGCAGCUCCCCCCCACCGCUCCCCUCCAGUUCGUCGUUCCCACCGGCAACUUCGGCGACGUCCUCGCCGGCUACUACGCCCGCCGCAUGGGUCUGCCGCUGGCGCGCCUCGGCGUCGCCACCAACGCGAACGACAUUCUCGCCCGUUUCUGGCGCAGCGGCGCGUACGACCGUCUUGACGCCUCCGCCGCCGGCGUGCGCGAGACCCUCAGCCCCGCGAUGGACAUCCUCGUCUCGAGCAACUUUGAGCGCCUCCUGUGGUACCUCGCGCUCGACGGUGCCGCGGACAACGAUACCCGCGCGGCGUGCGCGACCGUCAACGCGUGGAUGCGCGCGGUCAAGACAGACGGGCGCGUCGAGCUCCCCGCAGCGGUGCUCGCGCUCGCCCGGCGCGAUUUUGUGGCGGAGCGCGUCUCCGACGACGAGACCCUCGCCACCAUCCGUGCGCACUUCUGCGCCGUGCCGCCGUACACCGCGGACCCGCACACCGCCGUCGGGCUCGCCGCGGCGCGCACCAUCGCGCGCGAAAACCCGCCGGCGACGGUCCAAGUCGUGCUCUCGACCGCGCACCCGGCCAAGUUCUCCGAGGCGGUGACGCGCGCGCUGCACGACGCGCCCGGGUUCGACUUUGCGCGCGACGUGCUCCCGGACGAGUUCCGUGGCCUGCUCGAGCGCGAGAAGCGCGUCGUCGACGUGCCCGCGCCGGACAUCGAGCUCGUCAAACGCGUCAUCGAGCGGUUCGCCGAGGCACAGCCGGCGCCGGCGGACGCGCCACUCGCGAGCGUGUAG